AGCUACGGUAAAGUGAUUGUAAACAAUUCAGUGCAUCGUAAAUAUGCUUAUGAAAAGCUAGGAUAAACGAUACUUGGAAAAAUCGAUUACAAGUAUUAGACAACAGUUUAAGGCUCAGUGUAAAAGUUAUCGUUGUAUCUUUAAUCUUUGUAUCGAUCGCAAGCAAUGAAUGAAACUUAAUAUGCAAUUUGAUUCGUUGGUUUUGAAACCUUAAUUGAUCAUUGAUGGAUGCGAGAGGAACAAAACCAUCUACUAAUAUGAGCCAAGAGGAGAUCAAAUCUUUGCCAGGAGUGAAGCAAUCCGAAGCUGGCGGUAACAAUGAAGUGGAAUUAGCAAUGUUGCAUCUCCGGAAACUAUUUGAUGAAUUUAUCAAUCUUAAAUCAUCUAUGACGGACUCCGAGCGCGAUGAGAAGCUCUAUCAGAUGCUGCCAUUAUAUUGCAAUGUGGUAAACAAUGCAAACCAGAUGGAAGACACAACACACAGUCUGUAUGGAUCAGCUCAUUCGUUAUCAUGGGAAGGUCAGGCUGCGUUUUGUCAUCACACAAGUCAGUUAUUGGCAAGAGAAAUUAAGCGCAGAGCAUUAAAUCGAAGCACAGAAACCGCAUCAAAAACUAUAGCAUCGUUUUUAGAGCUUUAUAAUGUAUACGGCAGAGAAGAAGCGGGUAAUGGAGCAGUGUUAUUGACAGCAGUCAAUUUUAUGGUUACCACAAUGAACGAUAGUUCCUUACAAGAGGUAUGUACCUAACCGCAUUUUUAUGUAAAUGUUUGUAUUUAAUGCAAUAACUACUACGUUCAAGAAUCAUUGUUCUGUAUUUUCUCGAACAAUGGUACAAAUCCACUAAAAGAAUUUGGCUUGCUUGUAAAUAUUCGCUUUAUUCUACUUCUCCUUUUUGCUGUUUGAUAAUACUGCAGUUGAUGAUGCUGGAUCAUUAUGGUGCGAUGAGUUCAGAUGUUUGAAGCUCACGUUGGCGAAGCCCAUGUAUGGCGUGUGGUCGAAUGGGUUGUUGUGAUCUGCUUGCUAUUUCUUUUCUCUAGAACUUCUGUUUCUUAACCUUUUGCCACCUUGUGUAUGUAUUGCUGGUAUUGUCCAUACAAAACUUCGACUAGACUCAACUCGCCCAAAGGCCGUAAAUCUGAGAGCUUGGAACUAAACGUGACCGUUUUUGGACGUCGUGUUUUGGUCUUGAUUAUGUGCCAAAGGAAGCAGGUUGGACCCCAACUCGGUCGCGUUUUGAGAUGUGUGGCUUUGCUAA